AAAUAAAAAGGAAUUUUAAAGAAGACAGGGCAAUGAACUGAAGAAAAGAUGGACUCGACGACUUCGGUGAGAGGAGAAAGAAUGAUGGCUUACGGAGAGUUUUGAAAAACAAAAUUAGAUAGAUAGAUAAUAACAAAGAGAAAGAUCCUAAUAUCAACAGGAGCGGGCUUAGGGUUAGGGUUAGGGUUUAAAGUAAAAAAAAUGUCGACUGUAGUGGAGGAAUUGAUGCAAAUGCAGAUAUCACCGGCAGGAGGAGGAGGAGAUUCGCAAUCGCAUCCAGGAAAGGAGCAGCAAGCAGCAGGAGUUGGCAUACUCCUCCAGAUCAUGAUGCUCGUCCUCUCCUUCGUCCUUGGUCAUGUUCUUCGUCGUCACAGAUUCUAUUACCUGCCUGAGGCCAGCGCUUCUCUUCUCAUUGGUUUAAUUGUUGGUGCACUUGCUAACAUCUCUAACACUGAAACAAGCAUCAGGGCAUGGUUUAAUUUCCAUGAGGAGUUUUUCUUCCUUUUCUUGCUUCCUCCCAUCAUAUUUCAGUCAGGAUUCAGUCUAUCACCUAAACCAUUCUUCUCUAACUUUGGAGCCAUUGUCACAUUUUCCAUAUUAGGAACUUUUAUAGCUUCUGUUGUUACAGGUGUUCUAGUUUACCUUGGCGGUCUUAUUUACCUCACUUACAGACUUCCAUUUGUUGAAUGUCUGAUGUUUGGUGCUCUUAUAUCAGCAACCGAUCCUGUUACUGUUCUGUCCAUAUUCCAGGAACUUGGCAUAGAUACGAACCUUUAUGCUUUGGUGUUUGGAGAAUCUGUCUUGAAUGACGCUAUGGCAAUAUCCUUGUACAGAACAAUGUCCUCGUUAAAAAGUCAUGCACCUGGACAGAAUUUCUUCAUGGUGGUCUUUAGGUUUCUUGAAACCUUUGUUGGCUCAUUGUCUGCAGGUGUGGGAGUUGGAUUUAUUUCUGCAUUGCUUUUCAAGUAUGCUGGUUUGGAUAUUGACAAUCUGCAAAACUUGGAAUGCUGCCUUUUUGUCCUUUUUCCAUAUUUUUCGUACAUGCUUGCAGAAGGUCUUGGCCUCACUGGUAUAGUGUCCAUAUUGUUCACUGGAAUUGUCAUGAAGCAUUAUACCUACUCAAAUUUGUCAGAAAAUUCACAGCGAUUUGUUUCUGCAUUUUUCCACCUGAUAUCAUCACUAGCUGAGACAUUUGUAUUUAUAUACAUGGGAUUUGAUAUUGCGAUGGAACAGCAUAGUUGGUCCCAUGUUGGAUUUAUUUUUUUCUCAAUUAUAUUUAUUGGAGUUGCAAGGGCAGCGAAUGUCUUUUCUUGUGCAUAUUUAGUCAAUUUGGUUCGACCUGCACCACGUCAAAUACCUGUAAAACAUCAGAAAGCGCUUUGGUACAGUGGACUUCGAGGGGCCAUGGCUUUUGCCCUUGCGCUACAAUCGGUUCAUGAUCUUCCAGAAGGACAUGGCCAGACUAUAUUCACUGCAACCACUGCCAUAGUUGUGUUGACGGUGCUUUUAAUUGGAGGAUCGACAGGGACUGUGCUCGAAACUUUGCAAGUUGUUGGUGAUGACCAUGAUGGCCCCUUAAGUGAAAGUUUGGAUGGAAAUAAUGGUUACGUUGCUCCCUCUUACAAUGAGGAUGCCACAUCAGGGAACAGGCUGAAGAUGAAACUUAAAGAGUUUCACAAGAGCACUGCAUCAUUUACAGCAUUAGACAGGAAUUACCUCACCCCGUUCUUCACGAGUCAGAAUGGAGAUGAUGAAGAAGAACAUGGGUGCAUGACAGAUGACCCGAUGCCCAGUUCCAGGGGAAGGGGUUUCCUUGGCCAUAACUGACUUUCAGCAGCAUUAGUUGAGGAACACAUGAUGCUAUAAGCAAUCAACUUUGUAGAUAAUUUACAGACGGCUGCAGACCAGUGGCACUCAAUUAGACGGGAGGGUGAACUGCAGUUAUGCAUCUUGCCACAUUCACACCAUGCCUGUCUGCUAUGGUAUAAUAGGAAACAUUCGUGGAAUUGUAGAUGUCACAAGAAUUAUACUCUUUUUUUUUUUUUUCUUUCUGCGGCUGAGUGUUGUAUGGCAUGGGCUUAGUUCUCUACUAAUUGAACUGUAUUUGACAAUGGGCAUACUUGAUUCAAUCGCAUUUAGUAUUCUCACA